AUGACCAUCAACGACGGGAGAAGCGGUGGGUACACGAUCCCGACCAACGGUACCAACGGCCCCACCUACACCAAUGGCACCAACGGGAUCAACGCUCAUGAGCCGAUCGCCGUCAUUGGCAUGGGAUGCCGUCUACCGGGAGAAGUCGACAACCCGCACGCUCUGACGCAGCUCCUGAGGCGCGGCGGUGUCGCCCGCAAUGAGCCGCCUGAAUCCCGCUUCAAUUUGUAUGGCCACCACGACGGAUCUAAGAAGCCCAAGACCAUGAGGUCCCCGGGUGGCAUGUUCCUAGAGAACGUUGAUCCCCGCGACUUCGACGCUGGUUUCUUCCAGGUUCCCCGGCUCGACGCCGUCGCAAUGGACCCACAGCAAAGACAGCUUCUCGAGGUCGUGUACGAGUGCCUGGAGAAUUCGGGUGUGACGUUGCAGCAGCUGCAAGGGGCCCAGGUUGGCUGCUUCGUCGGUUCCUAUGCCGUCGACUACGCCGACAUGCAGGCUCGCGAUCCCGAAGACCGAGCUCCUUCUGUCACAAUUGGUGUCGGCCGGGCCAUUCUAAGCAAUAGGAUCAGUCACUUUUUGAACAUCAAGGGUCCCAGUAUGACGAUAGAUACCGCCUGUUCGGGCAGUCUAGUAGCCCUUGAUGUGGCAUGUCGUUACCUCCGCACCCGGGAGAUGGACGGAGCAAUCGUUGCCGGUUGCAACCUGUACCUGAGUCCGGAGCACAACAUGGAUGUUGGCCCAAUGAAGGGCGCCUCAAGUCUUACUGGGAAAUGUCACACUUUUGACGUCAAGGCGGACGGUUACAUCAAGGGUGAGGCCGUCAACGCCCUUAUGGUGAAGCGCCUCUCGGACGCCCUCCGCGACGGUGACCCCAUCCGGGCCGUAAUUCUCGGAACCGCCACCAACAGUGACGGCAACACUCCCGGCAUCGCCAGCCCUAGCUCCGAGGCCCAAGCGGCGGCCAUCCGUUCGGCUUAUGCCAACGCUGGAAUCACAAAUUUCAACGGUACCACGUAUCUUGAGUGCCAUGGCACCGGCACACAGGCAGGUGAUCCGACUGAGAUCGGCGGUAUCGCCUCAGUGUUUGCGCCGUCGCGUAGUCCAGACCAGCCUCUGAUCAUCGGUUCCAUCAAGAGUAACAUUGGCCACUCCGAGCCAGCAGCAGGUAUCUCAGGCCUCAUCAAGACCAUCCUGUCUCUUGAGACUGGCACUAUCUUCGGCAACCCUACCUUCAUCACUCCCAAUCCCAAGAUCGACUUCAAGGGCCAGAAGGUCUUUGCAACUCGCACCAGCAUGCCUUGGCCCGCAGGCGCACGCAAGCGAGCGUCUGUCAACUCGUUCGGAUACGGCGGGUCCAAUGCUCACGUCGUCCUCGAGUCGGCCGAGCAGUAUCUCCAGGACAGACAAUUCUCCACUCACGUCUCUUCCCACCUCGCCGAGGAGGCUGACCUGUUCGGGGACGACGAUGAUGAUUCCUCUAAGGCCCCAGUCGCACAAAAGCCCCAGCUGCUUGUCUUUUCGGCUAACAACGAGUCUUCGCUCCGCGGCUACGUGAAGCUGCUGCGGAAGCACCUUCUCAACCCGAGCGUCAAGGCCGACUUGCGAGACCUGUCUUUCACACUCGCAAGCAAGCGAAGCAUGCAUUUUAACCGGGGAUUCUUGCUGACAGAAAGAACGGCGAUAGCCGAGGACUCUCUCGUUCUGGGCAAAAAGAGCCCCGAAACUCCCAAGAUCGGCUUUGUUUUCACCGGUCAGGGUGCUCAGUGGUCGCAGAUGGGAAAGGCUCUCGUCGAUGCUUUCCCCACUGCCAGAGACUUGCUAAAGCACCUGGAUACUGUUCUCAAGACCGCCCUUGUCCCUCCUACAUGGUCUUUACUCGAUGAGCUCGUAGAGCCGCGCAGUCCUGGUCUUCUCCGUCAGCCCGAGUUUUCUCAGCCACUUUGCACCGCGCUACAGCUCGCCAUCCUGAGCGUGCUGGAAGACUGGGGCGUCGCGCCGCACAGCGUCGUCGGUCACUCCUCGGGCGAGAUUGCGGCAGCAUACGCUGCGGGCUACUUGUCCAAGGAAGACGCCAUCAAGGUUGCUUACUACCGCGGCCUGGCUGCCAAGCAGCUCGCCAACGUCGUAGACGGAACCAAGAACGUGGGCAUGCUCGCGGUCGGGCUAGGCGCCGAGGCCGUGAUGCCCUUCCUGGAGCCCUACGCGGGACUGGUGCACAUCGCCUGCUUCAACAGCCCCAGCAGUGUAACCUUAUCUGGCAAGGUGGACAAGCUCGAGGAGGUCAUGCCCGCGCUUGUAGCAGAGUCACACUUUGCCCGCCUGCUGCAGGUGAAUCUGGCGUACCACUCGCCCUUCAUGCUGGAGGUCAGCAGCCUGUACGAGGCUCUGCUCCGCCAAGACUUUGGCGCGUGCAAGAAGGACAGGAAGAAGGACGGCGUUCGCAUGUUCUCGUCCGUUUCUGGCAAGGAGAUGCGCCAGGCCGCUGAUGCGGCGUACUGGAAGAGCAACAUGAGCUCUGCUGUACGCUUUGAGCAAGCUACCAAGGCCAUGCUCGUAGAUGAGGACCGUCCGGACUUUCUCAUCGAGAUCGGCCCCAGCGGUGCGCUCUCAGGUCCUGUGGCCCAGGUGAAGAAGGCCGUCCUCGGGGAAGGUGCCGACGUCCAGUACGUUGCGGCCUGGUCUCGUGGUCCCACUGCCCUCAAGUCGCUCUACGAGGUGGCUGGCAAGCUUUUCAUCAGCGGUGGAGAGGUCAACUUGACAAACGUAAACAAGACUGAGACGUGGGAGCCGAGGACCAUUAUCGACCUGCCCAACUACGCAUGGGACCACUCCACGCAGUACUGGUACGAGAGCGACGCCAGCAAAGACUGGCGAUACCGACUGUUCCCGCACCAUGACCUCUUGGGCAGCAAGCUUCUGGGAGCUUCCUGGCAGGCGCCGUCUUUUAAGAAGUCUCUCAAGUUGGCAGACCUGCCAUGGCUUCGAGACCAUAAGAUGGGCCCGGAGAUCGUCUUCCCCGCGGCCGGCUUCAUCUCCAUGGCCAUGGAAGCCAUCCGCCAGAGCACCGAAGCGCUGCGCAUCUUGGAGAGCAAGGUAUUCCCCGCAGAAUACCACUACAAGCUCCGAGACGUCAACUUCAUUCGCGCCCUCGUGCUCGAGGACUCAGAUGAGGCCACCAAAAUCAUGCUGGCCCUUCACCCGCGCACGGGGGCCAAGGACUCUUGGCACGAGUUCAAGAUCAGCUCUCAGGUAGGAGAUGCCUGGCUCGAGAACUGUCGGGGCCUCGCCAGGAUCCAGGAGAGCACACCUGAGAACUCGACCACGCCCGAAGGCACCGUCAAGCCACUGGUCGACCCCGUUUCCGGCGCCCUGUGGUACAAGGCCAUGCACGAUACUGGCUACAACUUUGGCCCGGUUUUCCAGAAGCAUCUCAAGAUCGAGUCCAUCGUCGGUUCGCGCGAGUCACGGUCCCUUGUGGAUCUGAGCCCACCCGCCUCCGAGCACCCUCAGUCGUGGUAUCCGAUGCACCCUGCCGCCAUUGAUGGAUCAUUCCAGUCCUGCGCCCCUUCUCUCUGGGCCGGUGACAGGCCCGGAAUUAGUGCCGUACUGGUGCCCGCCAUCAUUGACGAGUUGGCCAUUUUCCCAGUGGAGAACCUUUCUGGCAAGGGCAUCUCCACGACGACGUCUGAGUACGUAGGUCUUGGUCUGCCCGAAAGUACGAAGAGUUACAAGUCCAACGCAGUUGUCCUGGACUCUGAGACUGGAGACUUGCGUUUCAAGCUCACUGGCCUGAGAUAUCACCAAUUGGACACGCAAGAGGACCCAUACUCAUCGCACACGCACAGCCGCGUGUCAUGGAAGCCGGACGUGACUUACCUGACGGAAGAGAGCAUGGCAGCCAUCGCAACAGCAGAAGACCCACUCAACGAGUUCAUCGACCUGACCGCUCACAAGUUCCCGAACCUCAACGUGCUGGAGGCCAGCACAAUUCCCUCAGAAUCUAGCAGUGUCUGGCUUGAGGGCGGUAAAGCCGACCCUGUCGUGAGGUCUGCUUGCCGCAACUUUCAGUUCUCUUCAUCCGAUGCGUCUGCUGUGGUGAACGCUGAAGAGACGUACGGCAGCAAGUCAGGCGUGACCUAUGCUGUGCUUGACGUUGCUGCCCACCCGGAGAAGGUGCAGGCUCCUGACAAGGCCUUCGAUCUCGUCAUUAUCAGAACCGCUGAAGGGCCAGUGGAGUCGCAGGGUAAUGUACUGCGGAACGCACGUACGUUGGUGUCUGAUGGCGGCUACGUCGUACUUCAGGCCCCCACCCCUGCUAUUUUGACGGCCUCGUCUUCCUUGGGCUUCUUUUCGUCUUUUGCCAUUCCUUCUGGAGACGGCAAUACCACUCACAUCCUCGCUGCCUCGUCGGAGACCUUGACCAAACCGCAAGGCAUCGAGCUCGUACACUUCUCUGGCCCGACGGACGUGACCGAGCAGGUUGUCUCAGGGCUGUCUGACCUUGGAUGGCAGAUCACCGACUCCAACGCUACGCGGGAGGGACAGAAGACAAUUUUGGUCCUGAGCGACCUCUCCGCCCCAAUUCUUCCCACUAUGACAGAAGCCCAGUGGCAGCUCCUCAAAAGCACAUUGGUAUCAGGCAAUCAAGUACUAUGGGUGACCUCGGGCUCCCAGCUCAACGUCACAAGCCCCGAAAGAGCCAUGAUCCACGGUCUGGGCCGUACAGUUCGUAACGAGGAUCCCUCUGUCAGUAUCACAACGUUGGAUGUCGAGUCAGCCACGGGUCCGAAGACCGUCUCUGCCAUCAAUGACGUGCUCAAGCAUCUCGGCAGAGUUGCUAACCAGAGUCAAACGACUGGCAUUGAAAACGAAUUUGUCGAGCGCCAUGGGGUUAUCCAUGUCAGCAGAGUGCAGCCCAAUGAAGGAGUUAAUGUCGUAGAGAAAGCCCUAGCCCAUGGUGCCGAACUCGUCGAGGGCGAGCUGCACGACUUCAAGACCACUGUUCGUCUACAGUGCGAGCGCGUCGGCACGAUCGAUUCGUUGCAGUACACCGAGGUCGCCGCUACGGAGCUGCCUGUCCUCGACGGGAGCGUCGAGGUCGAGCUUUUCGCCGCCGGACUCAACUUCAAGGACGUCGCCGUCACGAUGGGCAUCGUUCCCGAGAACCAACACCUCCUCGGCCUCGAAGGCGCGGGCGAGAUCCGUCGCGCUGGCAAGAACGCUGCUAACAUAUACAAGCCCGGAGACCGCGUUCUCGUCUUCAAGAAGGGAGCAUUUGGAAACAGGGUAAUUGCCUCCGUAGAGCGAACGCACCACAUCCCUGACUGGAUGUCCUUCGAGGAGGCCUCGACCCUGGCCAGCGUGUACCUCACUGCGCUUUACAGUAUUUUUGACCUCGCCAACACGCAAGCGGGACACAAGGUGCUUAUUCAUUCUGCAUCUGGUGGCCUUGGUAUCGCUUCGAUCCAAAUUUGCAAGUUCAUCGGCGCAGAGAUCUACGCCACCGUCGGCACUGAUGAGAAGGUGGACUUCUUGGUGGAGAGCUUUGGCAUCCCCAGAGAAAACGUCUUCAACUCGAGAAACACUACAUUCGCUGCUGAGCUCAAGGCCGCCACGAAAGGACACGGCGUCGAUGUGAUCUUAAACUCUCUCACCGGCGACAUCUUGGACGAGUCGUGGCGCUGCAUCGCCGAUGGCGGAACCAUGGUCGAGCUGGGAAAGAGGGAUAUGCUUGAUCGCAAUUACCUCUCCAUGGAGCCGUUUGGUCGCAACGCUUCAUACCGCUGCUUCGAUAUGUCCCACGAGCACGUAUCGGACACCGUCAUUGCUAGGCUCAUGCGCCAAAUGAUGAGCCUCAUCAGCCAGCGCGCUGUCAAGCCUAUCGCUCCCAUGACCAUUUUCCCCUUUGAGGAUGUUGCGGGUGCUUUCCGCUACAUGCGUGCGGCCAAGCACAUGGGCAAGAUUGUCCUUUCCGCCAAACAGAAAGCGGACCAGCCAACUGUGAUGGUCCGCCCCGCGAAACGCAGAUUCGAUCUGUCCCAGACAACUUCCAUCCUCAUCGUGGGUGGUAUAAAGGGUCUUUGCGGGUCUCUGGCAGUCUAUCUUGCCCAGCAGGGCGCCAAGCACCUCGUCAUCCUAGCCCGUGGCGGCUACGACGACGAGCGUUCGCAGGCCGUGCUGAAGAACAUUCACGCCCAGGGAGCUAAGGUCGAUCUUGUCAGAGGCGACGUCUCCGUCUUGGAAGACGUUCGAAGAGCAUUCAAAUCCGCCAGUGUCCCCGUCGGUGGCGUCAUUCAGGGCGCCAUGGUCCUAAGAGACAAGAUCUUCACCUCCAUGACGACCGAGGAGUACCAUGGCGCCGUGGCCUGUAAGGUUCCCGGAACCUGGAACCUUCACAAUGUGGCCCAGGAGGAGGGUCUCGAUCUUUCUUUCUUCACCAUGCUCUCCUCUGUCUCCGGUGUCGUCGGCCAAAAGGGCCAAGCAAACUACGCAGCCGCCAACGCGUUCCUCGAUGCCUUUGCCGUGUAUCGCCAGGGGCUCGGGCUGUCCGCUGUUUCAGUCGACCUGGGCGCCAUCGACGACGUGGGCUACAUGCAUGAGCACAAUGAUCUCCGCGUGGCCCUUGACCGGGAUGCAUGGACGCCAAUUAACGAGAACUUAUUCCGCCAGAUCGUCCGCGUUUCCAUUCAGCAGCAGCAAAGACCAUCUUCGACGGGUAACUCCUCGCAACUCAUCACCUCCAUCGCUGUACCCCAGCCGGACUCUUCCAACCUUCUUGCCGACGCUCGCUUCGUCAGCCUGGCGUUCGGCACCGGCGAGGCCGCGGCCGGCGGCGACGGCAAGGACGACAAGUCGCGCGCCGUGCAUGCGCUAAUGCUGUUACUGCAGUCCAGCGCAGACGCCUCGGUUGUGCUCAAGGCCGCCGUGGAUGUCGUAAAUACACAGUUUCAGGCCACGCUGCGGCUUUCCGAACCAAUGGAACCAGCCAAGCCGCUCAGCAGUUAUGGUCUGGACUCGUUGUCUGCCGUCGAGCUGCGAAACUGGGUCAGGCUGGAUCUUGGAGUUGAGUUGACGACGCUGGAGAUCACGAGCGCCACGUCACUAACGGCGCUGUCCGAGAAGAUUGUGUCCAAGAUGAAGAAGAAGGACUGA